AUGACUGCUCUGUUAUCCGCCAACACUGCAUCAGAUUCUUUCCUUUACAGCUUCACACCUGCAGCCGUCGGCCGUGGAGGACAGUUGACCGGCUCGCGGAGACUUAGAGCGUACUCGGUACCAGGGGAGCCAAUCCUUCCUAUUCCGGAGGGUGGAGAAGGCCACUCGGAUCUCCAAGGCAUCGCCCUCAGCACGUCCCUCAGCGUGCCCGCCAUGCCAGUCGGCCGAGCGGCCGCCCUAGGAAUGAGCCGAUGCGGCAGCGCUGAUCGGAGCCAGCAGCAACAGCACCACCACGGCACCAGCAGCAGCCUCAGCAGUGCUGCGGCGCUCAGCGUCAAUAACCUCGCCGGCGGCGGGGCUGCGGCAGCCAUGCCAGUGAUCGGCGGCGGCGGCGGCACCAGCAGUGAAAGGAUUCUGCCACCGAUGCGGCACAGCAUCAGCGGGAAUCCCGGUAUCGGGCUGCCGAAGCUGGACUUACCCUUCCUGGCGUUUGGCGGAGGGGGAGGUACCGGCGGCGGAGGCGGAGGUGUGCCACUCGAACGGCCCGUGCUGGGGCUGUCCAGCUCAGGCCGCCGCUCCCUCAGCGGUACCUUAUGUGAGGUACAGUCGGUAUCGGCGCCGGCGUCUUUCCUGGACCUGCCGUCGCCGCCGCCGCCGACGGCAGCAGGGCCAUUCGAAGGCUCGGCGCCGCCGUCGCCGCCCCGAAGCGGUGCACCUGCGGUAUUGGCGCCGCUCCGAGUAAGCGGUGUAUUCGCCGCCAGCGGGGCCGGCGGCUGCGCCGCCGCCGCCGCGCCGUCUUUUUCCUCCGGCCCUGCUGCUGUUGGGGAGUCUUCAGGUGGUGGAUGGUGUGGCGGCGGCGGCGGCGGCGGUUUGUUAUCGUCCAGCAGCAGCCGUCGUCACACGAGCUCUGCUGGACUCUCGGAGGGUGGCAGCUUUCCGCCGCAGCCGCCUCCCCAGGGGUCUUUACUGCCGUGCACAUCGGAAGGGGCCGUGGCGUCCCCCCUGACACCGGGCCUACCCUACGGCAGCCCCUACGGGCCACCACGCCGCUCACACAGCCUCACAGGCUCAGGCGGCGGCAGCAGGCUUCUGGCCGACAGCGACGGUGGCAGUGCGGGCGGCAAACGGAUAUCAGAUGCCAGGGAGGGCCCUUCCGAGGGCGCAAACAGAGCGUGUGGCAGCAGCGACGGCGGCGGCGGCGGCGGCAGCGGGGACGCCACCGUGAACAGCUCGGCAGCGAAGGCGCUGAACGAUAUCACGGCCGACCUUCAGCGGUCGACCGGGGCGCUUCUAGCGCUGCGUGCGCCUGCUUUCCGGUCGCGGUCAUCACCGCCGCCGUCAGCGGGCGCUGCAAAGGCGGCUGCGAGUGCCGAAGCGUCCGUCGCAGCGGGGCCGCCUGCGGCGGCGACGGUUCCGCCGCUCUCGCGUACGACGCUGACGGCGCUGAAGGAGUCGGCACCGGAGCUGCAGUGGGCGCUGCGGGUAUCUGUACGGCGGUUUUUUCACAUGCUACGACAGGAGCUGUCAUCAGCGGUGCCUGCGGGGCGGCAGCAACUUGGCAGUACGAUACACGAGGCGUGGGCGACGUUGGAUGCAUACUACGAGAGUACAGCUGAACUCGUGGAAGCGCUGGUGGAGAACGCAUUGGAUGUGACGGCGGCUCAGGCGCCGCCGCCGCCGCCACCUCGAACGUCGGCCAAUCCAGACAGGCAGCAGCGGCAGGUGGAUGCGGCCGGCAACGGCGUCAUCAUCGAGACCGAGCGCGCGGCGGAAAAGCUGAGGGCCGCCAACGAGGAACUCCGGAAGCAACUGGAGGAGUGUAGGGCCCGUCUGGCGGAGUCAGAGACGCGGUUGACGGCGGCGGCAGCCCGCGGUGCACAACCCGGCGGCGGCGGCGGCGCUGCAGCAGCCCCGCGACCGCCCCCGGCGACGACGGUGACGCCACCUCUGGAGAGUUGCUACGGCACGUCCCCUAGGCGUGGGAAACACGCCGUUGUUCAGCCGAGCCGAGACGGCGUCGCGCCGACAGCUUCCGAUGGCACUGACGGCGCCACGGGUCGAACUCCCGGUGGCGGCCGCGGCGCCGCCGCCGUCGCGUCACCGGCGCCCGCAUCCCCGGCGGCGGCUGCGACAGCCAGUCGUCCACCGCCAGCCACGAACGCAUGCGAACGGCCGCUACGGCGCUUCGAAAGAUCUGCCGUACUUGCUCGCGGUGCGACAUGCGAUGUGAUGGUGAUUGAAGAAGACGACUCAGAUGGUGACGAUGAUGCCGACACUGCAGAAGGCAGCGUCGACGCCCGGCGGCACAUGUUGACGUACCAUUCGGCGUCUUUCGCGGAAUGGGUGCGGGGCGCGCGGCGAAGGCUACCGGAGGUACCGGAGAGGUUCCUAUUGGAGAUGGCAAAGAUCAAGAAGACACCCACAUGCCCCACGUCUUGGUUCGGGAUUGUGUGUUCGCCCGAUUCGGUUAAGCUGGUAUAGGAAGUCCCUGGAAAAUAGUCCCUAGGCGAC